AGAAUGCCAGCCAAUUCGCAUCCGGCACGCGCGAGUCCGAAAUGGCAUCGUUGCAUUCGGUCUUCCGUUCCCCGCGGUCCCUCUCCCCCUCACCAUCCCGUACUCCCGGCUUCUUUGCCGGGGGCAAGGAGGGCACGCGCUUAAUUAUCAAUUAUCUACCGGCCCUCCCACGAAAAGCAAUCGCAAUUACGAGCCGGUCACGAGGCCAAGGGGACCAGUCAGCCCCCUUUUCUACCUCCCUCGCUCACUCCCGCCCUCCCCCUCCCCCACGUACAAAGAUUUAUUUCGUACGUGCACGCGGACGAAGAACAAUGCGAGAAUUGGGGAAGUGUGUCACCAGGCUGCCGGCACUUUUCAUAUUCGCGAGGCGGAACACACCUGGGCGCCACGCGGCGCGCAACAUCCCGGAGCGGAGCGGGCUGGUCGGCCGGUCGGUCGGUCCGAGAGAUGAGAUACUAUCGAUCGUUACGAAGGAAGGCCCGAGUCGUGCAGAAAAUCAACAACCCGCGUAUCCGUGGUAACUUGACGAAUCAACGGGGGAAACAAUCGUCAGGGUCGUGAGAUCAGAGUACAGAGUAGUAAUUGAAGAUGAUUGACAUGCGCUGUUAAAGAAUCCAACAAAUCCUGUUCGAUCUCUACUCAAUCGCCACUCAAACUCAACCGCUGUCUGCGCCGAACGAGGACAACCUGCGCAUAAUUUGUGCAAUCUUCCGAUCGUCCCCUCCUUCCCUGCGUCGCAUUCGUUAUCAUGGGCAACGAGAAGGAGGUGGAAGUAAUCAGCGUCGCGCAGAGGCCCGAGAAGAAGACUCUGCUGGAGAGAUACAACAUACCGGUGGAGCACUUUACGUACGAAUACAUAUCGCAGUGCACCAAUGCGAGAACUCUGGAGCGAAUCGUUCUCGUCUUGCGUUCUGGGGAAGAGGGAGAGUAUCCAGAUUUGACGAAGCACGCGGAGGAGCGUCUCGCUAGGAUUAAACCGACGAGCGCUGUUCUGAGGAAGGUGGAGCCAGUCUUGAGACGAAAUAUGUUAAAUGCGAACGAACGGCAGGAAAUCGACGACGACAUCGGCAAUUGGACGUGCGAGAUGCAAUCUCGCGAGAAAGAUUUAGACGAAGGAAAAGGCAUCUUCGCCAACGAACCCUGUCCACAACCGGAAAUUCGAAAGAUUAAAACGGCCACUAAAGACAAGAAGACAAGCCUCAAUGAGAAAAAACGCGACAAUCCCAAACGAAUUUCCUCGUGUGACUAUGCGGCUUGGGAUAAAUAUGACGUUGACACGGAAAUAAACAGGAUAGACCUGCAGGACGAGCAACGACAGGUCGAAAUGAAGAAAAUUCAGGAACAGCGAAAGGAAGUGAAUAAAAUGAAGAGGACGGCCCAUAAAACGACGAUCGAUAAACUCUCAUUAACCGGGACGGAAAUAAACGUAAUGGCGGAGCAAGAAAGAGAAAAGGGGAACGAAGCCUUCAGAGCGGCUGAUUACGGGGAGGCUCUUCGAUAUUACAACGCUAGCAUCGACAUAGACUCGAAUCUAAAUGCCUACAACAAUCGUGCUAUGACAUUUAUAAAGUUGCAGCGUUACGAGGACGCGCUUAACGAUUGCAACACGGUACUCAGUAUGGAUUACAGAAAUAUCAAAGCGCUUCUUCGCCGAGCAUUAUCUCUGGAACAUCUCGAAAACCCGCACGAGGCUUUGGCAGAUUACGAAGCUGUUUUAAAAUUGGAGCCAACUAAUAAAACGGCAAUAUCCGGUGUGAACAAGUUGAGAAAACCAAGCGACUCGAGGAAAAUAAGGAUGAAGAUCGAAGAAAAUAUGAGUUACGAUGAAAACAAGGGCGAAUGUAUAAAAGCGGAGAGAACUGUGAAAGAAAACAGCACUGAGUGUCCAAAAUUGCGUGUUAACAGCGAUAUAUGUUAUUGCGACAGAGCGCCAAGCUCGUCGCGAAGUAUUGCAACGAAGCCGCACUUAAAAGCGAGUUACUGCGUGGAAACCGAGUGCAACAAAGCAGCGGCAACAGCAGCAGCGGAUGCCGCCGCAAAUAAAAGCAAUAAGAAAACAACGCGUGACUCAUCGAGCGGCAAUAAAUUAUCACCUGUUGCGAGGGAUUUAGGCGCCAGAAAUAAAACGACGAAAUCGCAAGGCGCCGUCAGGAGCGACGAUAUUUUCGCGAUUUCGCGCGAGUCAUUUCCUGGGCUGCGUGGCGCAAAGAAUAGACUGGAAAAGUCUAUCUUUUCGUGCGUGUCGUCGCCUGUGAGUAAAACGAAGCCGUCCACGGUUAUCAUCGAAGAGCUUCCGAGUGACGAAGCUUACGAGAAGUCGGCGAGGCCUGCCGACUCCAGCGCGGCGAAAGUGGAAGCAAAGAAAGAAACGAGUUCAACGAAAGAAAAAAGUGCCUCGACAAAGGAAUCAUGCGCGAAUAAAAAUAAGGAAUCAAUUUCUCUCGUAAAAGAAAGCGAGACUAAAACGCCCGGCAAAGUUCAGAUAGCUGGCAAGUGUGAAGAAUCGAGGAAAACUAUCGAUUUUAGCGAAGUAAAGAUAGAAACGAAGAAAAAGACGGUAGAGGAAAGAGACACUCCGCUAAACAAAAUAUCAAAUGUAGACAAGAAUAAAAAGUUAUUCUCUCUCGAAAAGAAGGGUAAGACUAAAGCAAAUACAUCGAACAAAGUUAUAACUAAUGAGUGUCGAAAAGAAAGCACAAAACUGGACCUGGAGCUUCAGAAAUUAGAUAACAUCGAAUCUCCUUACGAAUUUGUCCGUCUGUGGCAAUCUUUGAAGGACGAUGUUAAUCUGGAGUUGCACGCGAAACUUUUGCGAUGUAUAGCGCACGAGGAUAUAAAUAAAAUCAUAGGCAACAAAUUGGAUGCAGCGAUGUUCAGUCUUAUCUUGCGUUGUUUGGAUCAAAAAUUCUGCACGCCGAAAGAUACGGAAUUGCUCGCAAGUCUGUUGUAUUCUCUAAGUCGACUGAGCCGAUUUUCCAUUAUUAGCAUGUUCAUGGAUUCUACGGAUAAGAAAGUACUGGAAAACAUAUUGCGCUUUUUAGAAAAGGAGGAUUCAUCCAAAGCCUCACAAUUACGUCAGAUCUAUAUUACUUGAAGAUCGCGUCAUCGAAUGUUAUGUGCGUUAAUUAACAUCGGAAUAACAAUGUAAAAUUUGAUCGCAUGAGGUCCAUUAUUUUCACCAAUGUAGAUUAACUUUGAUCUUUGUUUAAUUUACUCAUUAUCUUUUUCUAAUUUUUAGAACUAGAAAAGAAUAAAAGGUAAAUUAAACCAAAUCAAAGUUAAUCAACAUGUGUAAAAAUGGACAUGACUCAUCUAAUUUCAUAUUUUUCUCGCGGAAAUAUCAAUCAAAUAUUCAAAUAUAAUUUGUAGUUUCUUUGUAAUUCGUGUUAGUUAUCUUGCUUACUGAAUUAUGAUUAUUAGUAGAUGUAAUUAGUAUUGUGUGUCAGUAUUAUUUGUACGAUAUAUAGCUAAUUAAAUUGUAAUUAUUUUAAUAAUAA